CAUCCCAGCUGAUGCCCCAACAUUCAGCUUCUGCCAACAGGAGAGACGCAAGAGGAAGAAAAUCAUCCUUUCAGUUCCAUCACACAGUGAGGAAGAGGAGGAGCCAGCCGAGUGAGAUAGUGAUGCUCCCCCCAGCAGGUGCCAACAAGUGAGAGGUAGCCGAGAGAGUGAGGAGGACGCAGGACAUGGAGAAGAGUCAGUGAGAGAAGACACCCAGAGCUCUGAGAGGUAACCAACAGUCUGCGUACAUUUAAAGUCGUCCUGCUGCAGUUUUUUUCUCGUCAGUCGUCUCUGCCACCAUGCUGUUUCCUGUGCUGCUCUGUGCCGCUCUGCUUCUCUUCACACCGCUGGAGAUGACAGAGGCUCGCGCUCUGCACCCUUCUCCUGAAGCCGCGCAGUUCAUGGAGCAGUUUCUGGAGCGCUACAAUGACCUUUUGACCCUGGACGACCUGGAGAACCUCUUGAACAGCCCUCCGGAGGAGCAGUCUACCUUGUCCUCGGGGGCCAAAGCAGCUGAGUAUCCUAAAUGGGCUGACACACAAACGCAAGCUGAGACCCCCUGGCUGCGUCUGCUGAAGGGGGCUCUGACCAAUCAGAAGCGAGCAGAGCCGGACCGGUCACGGAGGGGAUGGAACCGAGGAUGCUUUGGGCUCAAACUGGAUCGGAUUGGGUCCAUGAGCGGACUGGGCUGUUAGUGAGUAGGAAAACGGGACUGAUGGCAUCCUUCUUAGAGUAUCAAAAGAAAGAAAAAAAAAAAAAAAACCCGCAAAGAAGGGAUGUUUACAUGUGUGUAGACUACAUGUAGUGUGAUGUAAACUCGCAGCCUUACUUAUGUGGUUUCAUCCAGCGUAGGUGCCAUAGAUCAGACGCUUCACACUAUUGUGGCUGUUGUAACAGAGCAGCUAGAUUAUUCCAUGUGUAAGAAUUAAACUGAAUAUAAAAACUAUGAGCUAUGUUUACAUCAAAAGAUCAUCUUUGAUUGUUGGCCUUUUUUUUUUUUUUCUUCUUACAACAGCAUUUUGUGUAUUUCCAGCUUUGUUUGCGUGCAGUACGUGUAAACCUGUUUAGACAUUUUGUGGCUGGGGCGGGGGGUUGCGUGUAAAAUCAGGUGUAAUUAUCAUGAAAAUCAGAACAUGAAGGCACCUGUAGUUCCUGCUGUUUGCUUUCGUUUACCUAUGAUUUGCAUGAAUAAAUGGAUUUGACAUUA